CGGAAUAUGCACCAAAGCUGGUUUGCCAACCACCAUUAAACAUCAAAGAAGAAGAAGAUCGCUGUGUACGAAAGCGGAUAUGACGACAUUCGUUGACCAAAGAAAGCGCACCAUGGCGCUUCGGAUAACAACAACAAAGGAGUAAGAGGUACCGUCGUGCAAUUGUGUUUUAGUAAUGGUGCUACUAACUCUAGAUUAAUUUGCACGACUGUCCAGAUUUUCAGCAAAGACCCGACAAACUGCUGCUGAAUCUGUUUGCAGCAAUACAUAAAGAGGAGCUAUCUAAGUCGUGCUUUUGCCAAUUUUAUAUAUUUUGUUUACAGUCUCAUUAAUGACCUUUUCCAGCGAGAAGAUUUUUAGGGACCAACAGUAAGGCAUGGAAAGCACAAAAAUGGAGGUAUCCAACUCGAACACAGAGCCCGAGUCACUCCAGGCUUCUUCUGCAGAAAUGUCAACCACUCAAUCCAGCACAGCUGGGACAUCCCAGUCUGCACCUGCAAAACGAAAAAGACUUUUGAAAAGAAAAGCGGAUUCCGUUGCGGAUGACAAAAGCAAAAAGAAACAGAAAAAAACUGUAAAACGAACUAUAAGACCAAAUUACACCGUCCAGGAGGGAGAGGACAUGCUUUUGAUUAUAUCAAAUAUAAACAGCAGUGACAGCAUAUGGAAGCCCAAGCGGAAGGGAUGUAAGAAAAAGAAGAUAACCGCCAAAGGCAAGAGUAAAACCUCCGCUAACAAAACGAAAAAAGCACCAGUAAAAGCGAAAAUUCCCAAAGUCACAGAGCAAGCUAUUGAUAAAAAUGUUGAUUUGGAGAGUGUUAAUGCUGAUAGCUUUGACCGCUGGGGUCAAAGUUUGCCAAUAGAGGUCCUGGUGAAAAUCUUUCAGUUUGCAGUUCUCCAGGAUGGAGCCGUACCUUUUCUGUGCAGGGUUGGCAGAGUUUGCCGUCUAUGGAAUGGAGCUGCAUCCUCUCCGAUCCUGUGGCGUAGUGUGUCAGUUGGCUACUGCUGGAUUGAACCCGGUAAGAGUCAAUUACCUGGGACAGAACAGAAGAUUAGGAACACUAUAGACUGGCUAGCUGAAACCAGAUUGUCUCAGUUGAGAGAGUUCUCCCUUUGCCACUGGAAAAAACAUGUUGAUUAUGUGAUUCAGAAAGUUUCACAAUCAUGCACCAAUCUUCAUUCUCUCAAGCUGUCUUACUGCACGGGAAUGACAGAAACAGCCUUCCAAAACCUUGGUGCUCAAUGUCGAUCAUUAGAGAAUAUAAAUUUGCAACACUCAGAGUUUAAUGUUGAUGGUCUGGUGUCCUUCAUUGAGGCAUACGGCAACCAAAUAAAGAAAAUUUACUUCACACACAGCACCAAGAGUGACAAACUACUCAGUGCUUUGUCUAAAGGUUGCUGUCCUGAGCUCAUGCUGCUGGAGAUCAAUACUAAAUUAGAUGGAGGAUACUGCCAGCUUCCCAUCUGUAUUCAGGCUUUGCAGAUUGGAUGCCCUAAACUUCAGGUAUUAACCUAAAAUGUGCUGUGUUCGUCAUGUACACAAACCAAAUCUAUUAUCACUCCUUAUAUAU